ACUAUGGACUUUAGUUGUCUAUUUUAUGUGAGGUAAAAUAAGAAAGGUAGUUGUUUGUAAACGUCAAAAUCAGGGGUCUCCAGUAUGUCGCUUGCGAGGUACCGGUAGCUUGCAACCCCUUUCCAAGCUGGCGUGUGUUGAUCUAGACGGUGUAUAUCUUCCCAGGACAGAAAAUGAAUUUAUCCAUAAAGUUAUGGAAGAUCUGGACAACUUCAUGCAGGAAGAAGACCAAAAAAAAGUUCUGCUGUUUCCCCCACUUCCAAACCGCCUACGUUAUCUCAUCCACCGAACCACUGAAAAAUACGAACCUCUAAGUACUUUUUCCAUUGGGUCAGACCGAAGUCGUAGAACAGUUGUUUGUCAUUCUGGAAUUAGAUUGCCUAUUGAAAUUGAAUGUGAUGAAGGUGAUAUCUGUAGUAGCACUGGUGCGGAGACGCAGUUUGGAAAGAAAAAAUACAUGUUUAAGAGUACACCCAAGAAGAGCCAGCCAGACGAAGCCUUAUCUGUUUCAAGAGGGAAAGAAGAAGAAUCCUUCCAAGCAGCAAAGUGUGAGAAAGACAGCAUUCCAGACACAGAAGUAAAGCCUUGUGUUUUUACUUCAUACUCCAACCAAAAUCCAUCUGAAGUGCACAUUUUACCUAACUUAAUUCCAGAAUCGCAUUCAAACUCAGCAGAUUAUCUACAGCAUAUCAAAACUUGGAAAGAAAACUUUCAGUUUAGGGAUGUACCAGUCUGUAUUCAAGAUGUUGUUGCUGAUAGCAAAGAUGUAAGUUACGUACCGAAAGAUCCAGACAUAUUUGAAAGAAAGGACAGCAGUUAUGAAUUAGAAACUGGGGAUCUGUUAACUGCAAUGACUCUACAAGACCAGCAGGAAGAAAGUCUUGCAGUGCGUAGCUCUGUGGAACAAAGGAAAAUAAAUCGUGCAAAAGAAGAUUCGGAAGAAAAUUUAUUAAAAGAGAUCAGAACUUAUCUAAAUGAAAAUGAAAUCUCUAUCACAAAUACCCAGUGUGAUUAUUCUGCAUACAAAUAUGUGGCAACUAAUGAUGAAGAAUUUGACCACAUUAUAGAGGUUUAUGGCUUUCCAGCACAUCUGAAAAAUGCAGAUAUUAAUGAUGCCUUUGCUGCCUUCAGCCAGGAGGGACUGAAAAUUGAGAGAGUCGACAAGACCCAUGCGCUUGCUGUGUUUUCUAGCAAGACCACAGCUCUCCAGGCUUUAAAUAUUCAACACCCUUUACUGAAGACACAUGUUUUGUCAAAAGCAACCAAACAAUCUAAGGGGAAGGCAGUAAAUAACAGAGAGUUCUUACAGCCAGUGAAGAGGCGGCCAGUGGCUGAUGCUGCAGUAGCAAAGAGGCUGAUUGCUAAAGCUUUAGGGUUGCAGAAUCCUGUAAAGCAAAACAAGGACCUAUAAUGUGGACAAUGUAGACCCUGACUACUGAGUUAACGUAGCUCCACAAUGCAUCUGCCCACUUGUGCCACUGCCUUCUCUGCUACAUGUAGAUUUUCUGCUUCACCAGGUGUGACUAGUAUAAAAUUGUUACAAUAAAUAAUUUUGCCAAA